AUUCCGCACUGUUUGGUGUGGAUUUUGCGUGAUAUGAGGGGUGAUGGAACGCGUUUUUUUUUUUUUUGUUGUGACGUUGUCUUGGAAUGUUCUGGAUCUGAUUGUGGAUUUGAUUUGAAUUUUUGUGUGGGUUUGUUGUUUUAGGGUUUUGUUUUUGGACCUGAAUAUACCCUUUUGUUGUGCUUGGUUUAGUCCUUUGAUCUGUGGUUUUGUUUACUUGCUAGUCCUUUUUCGUUUGAUCUUUUGAGUUAACGUCGUGCGUAUCACCUGGAAAUUGUUACAACUAUCAAUGCUGUUAAGUAAUUGGUUGGCAUCUUCUAAGAGAAAGAAGACUAGAAGCAAGGGUGGAAAGUGUGAUUUGGAGAGUAAGCAGCAGGCCAUACUUGUAAUGGCAUCUGGGAAUACAUAUUUUGAUGACAUGCGGAGCAAAUCUGAGGUUAUUGAUCCUCCUCAAAGUGAAGAUAUGAUGGAAGUCAGUGAACAUGUGAAUGAUCCAGCUCAAACUACUCUGAAACCUAACGUGACCGUCUCUAGUAGUGUGCGGGAGCUAUUAGAGUGUCCUGUGUGCUUAAAUGCUAUGUACCCUCCCAUCCAUCAGUGUUCAAAUGGUCACACAUUGUGUUCUGGAUGCAAACCUAGGGUGCAUAACCGAUGUCCCACUUGCAGGCAUGAACUUGGCAAUAUCAGAUGUCUUGCCUUGGAGAAGGUAGCUGCGUCCCUUGAACUUCCAUGUAAAUAUCAGAGUUUUGGGUGCUUGGGCAUAUAUCCUUAUUACAGCAAGCUAAAGCAUGAAUCUCAGUGUGUCUAUAGACCCUAUAACUGCCCCUAUGCUGGAUCAGAAUGCACAGUCAUUGGUGACAUUCCUUAUCUGGUGGCCCACCUAAAAGAUGAUCAUAAAGUUGACAUGCACAAUGGCAGUACUUUCAACCAUCGCUAUGUUAAAUCAAAUCCUCAUGAAGUUGAAAAUGCUACUUGGAUGCUAACGGUUUUCAGUUGCUUUGGUCAGUACUUCUGUCUGCAUUUUGAAGCCUUCCAGCUUGGAAUGGCGCCAGUCUAUAUAGCAUUCUUGAGGUUCAUGGGUGAUGACAAUGAGGCAAAGAACUACAGUUACAGUCUAGAGGUGGGAGGGACUGGCAGGAAGAUGAUUUGGCAAGGGGUGCCCAGAAGCAUAAGGGACAGCCACAGAAAGGUUCGUGACAGUUUUGAUGGACUCAUCAUCCAGCGCAACAUGGCUCUCUUCUUCUCAGGAGGUGAUCGGAAGGAAUUGAAGUUAAGAGUGACUGGUAGGAUUUGGAAGGAACAGUGAAGUGAUUUGUUCUCCUCCUUGCUUCUCUUUUUGCCUUCUAUUUUGCCCUAGUAAGUAGAUCAGUUUGUUGUUGUUGUAGUGCCAUAUUAGGUCUUCUGGUCAUGUAUUUUUUGGAUUCUUGGAGGCAAACCCUCUUUGCUCAAUCUGUGCAUCAAAUACAUGAAUGGGAAGACAUAACUAUUGUUUAUACAAUAUUAAUUUUAAUCCAUAGAGAUUUAAAAUCCAUCA